GUGGGACUUAGUGUACAACUCUCGCGACAACUAAGGUACUCAGAUUAACUGGCUCUUGUUGGCUAACGUUAAUGUUAGCCCCUGUAAGUUAGCAAGAAAUGGCUAAUGGAUAGACUUGUUCGUUCCCCUGUUAUCCAACUGUUCGUGCAGCCUUUGGAGGAGCAGACAACACCCAUGCACCGCUGGGUGCGAUAUAUUGACGACUUAAAUCAUAGAAUGAUGUCCGUUUUGUCCAGAAAAAGCAAGUUAACGCUAGCCUUCAGAGUGCAAGGAUAGUCGUCAGCAACAGCCGCCCACGAUGAGACUGAAAACAUCAUUGCUAAAGGAAGCAAAACAUAAGGAACUUGUGAGUUGUGUGGGCUGGACCACAGCGGAUGAGUUGUACUCGUGCAGUGAGGACCACCAGAUCCUGAAGUGGAACCUGCUGACCAGUGAGACCAGUCUGGUUGUGAAGCUGCAAGAGGACAUCUACCCCACUGACCUACACUGGUUCCCUAAAACUGUGGGUGGCAAGAAACAGACCCAGGCUGAGGUCUUUGUCCUUACCAGCACUGAUGGGAAGUUCCACUUGGCCUCCAAGACAGGACGCAUUGAGAAGAGUGUGGAGGCACACAAAGGAGCCGUUCUGGCGGGGAGAUGGAACUAUGAUGGGAGUGCACUGAUCACAGCUGGAGAGGAUGGUCAGAUCAAAAUUUGGUCCAAAAGUGGUAUGCUACGCUCAACACUAGCUCAACAAGGGUCUCCUGUUUAUUCUGUGGCCUGGGGUCCAGACUCAGACAGAAUACUCUACACAUCAGGCAGACAGCUGGUCAUCAAGCCCCUGCAGCCCAGUGCUAAAGUUAUACAGUGGAGGUCUCAUGAUGGGGUCAUUUUGAAGGUGGAUUGGAAUUCUGUCAAUGACCUAAUACUGUCAGGAGGAGAAGACUGUAAAUACAAGGUGUGGGACAGCUAUGGUCAUCUGCUUUACACCUCAUCAUCUCACGAUUACCCAGUCACCUCAUUGUCCUGGGCUCCGGAUGGGGAAGUGUUUGCCGUGGGUUCCUUCAACACUCUGCGCCUCUGUGACAAGACAGGGUGGUCAUAUGCAUUGGAGAAACCCAACACAGGCAGUGUGUUCAGCUUAGCCUGGUCUGUAGAUGGCACUCAGCUGGCUGGGGCAUGCGGCAAUGGGCAUGUCAUCUUUGCCCAUGUGGUGGAGCAGCACUGGGAGUGGAAGAACUUUGUGAUCACCCUUACCAAGAGGAGAACCAUGCAGGUGAGGAAUGUGGUGAACGAUGCUGUGGAUGUGUUGGAGUUCAGGGAUCGGGUCAUCAAGGCCUCACUGGCGCACGGUCACUUAGUGGUCACCACCUCCUUGCAGUGCUACGUGUACAACUCUAGGAACUGGAACACUCCCCUCAUCUUUGACCUGAAGGAGGGAACAGUCAGCCUCAUCCUGCAGGCCGAGAAACACUUCCUGCUAGUGGACGGAGCAGGGUUGUAUAUGUUCUCCUAUGAGGGCCGACUGAUCUGCUCUCCCAAGUUCCCUGGUAUGAGAGCUGACAUCCUCAAUGCCCAGGUUGUCUCCCUUAGCAAUGACACGAUUGCCGUCCGAGACAAGAGUGAUGAGAGGGUCAUCUUUCUGUUUGACACUCUGACGGGGAAAGCCCUUGGUGAUGGACAGCCCUUCAUUCACAAGCGGGAGGUGUUAGAAAUAGCUCUGGACCAGUGCAGUCCGUCCAGUGAAAGGAAGAUCGCUCUGAUAGACAAGAAUCGUGACCUCUACUUGACCUAUGUGCACCGACAUGGACGGGAACACAAAGUCUGCAAGAUUGGUACCAUGGUGCACACUAUGGUGUGGAAUGACGCUGCUAACAUCCUGUGUGGUAUCCAAGGCAACCAGUUCACAGUGUGGUACUACCCCAGUGCUGUCUUUACUGACAAGGAGCUGCUGCCAAAAACACUGUACAUGAAGGAUGGCAGUGAGUUCAGCCGCGCGCCACACAUUUUGAGCUACGUGGGCACCAAAGUGACUGUGCGCCAAGGAGACGGUUCACUCAUCUACAUCAGUGUGUCUCCCUACCCAGCCCUGCUCCAUGAAUACAGCGCCGCCGCACGCUGGGAGGAUGCACUGCGCCUGUGCCGCUUCGCCAAGGACCCAUCUCUAUGGGUGUGUCUUGCUUGCAUGGCAAUGGCCAGCAGGGAGUUGACCACCGCAGAAGUAGCCUAUACUGCCAUUGGAGAGGUUCCUAGGGUGCAGUAUAUCAACUUUAUAAAGGAGCAGCCAUCUAAGGAGUCCUCUCUGGCCCACACACUGCUGUUCAGUGGUCAGGUCCAGGAGGCUGAGGCCACUCUGUUACAGGCUGACCUCAUCUACCAGGCCAUACAAGUCAACAUCAACCUCUCCAACUGGGAGAGGGCGCUGGAGCUUGCGGUGAAACACAAGACCCAUGUGGACACUGUACUGGCCUACAGAGAGAAGUUCCUACAGAAAUUUGGCAGGAAGGAGACCAAUAAGAGAUUCCUGCAAUAUGCUGAAGGGGUUGAGGUGGACUGGGAGAAGAUCCAGGCGAAGAUAGAGAUGGAGUUGUCUAAGGAGAGAGAGAGAGCUGCCAAUGCCUCUGUUAGGAGCAGCAUUGCCCCUCGACGUUGAUGUUUGGAGGACCGUUCUCUAAAAUCAGCAAUGUGGAAUCUCAUUCCCAUGAGUUUGUAAAAUUCGUUGGAUAUUUAGUGGUUUGGCUCAGUCUCAGGGUGUAUAAAAUAUUUUUUCUGUACAUGAGAGACAAUGUCCACCCCCAAUUACAAGUAUGUUAAAACACAAAUGGAAAAGUUGGAGAUACGACUUACAGUCUUACACUUCAAUCCUGUGGUAUGUGACAUGUAUACAGUACACCUGCACAUUAAUCAUACCUUUCUGUUACUCUCUGUGCAGAGAGUAAUUUGACUUAUGAAGGUUCAAUACAAAUGUUAUCCUUUGCUAUCUUUCGAAAUUAUUUGGUCAUGUGUAUGAUAUGUGCAUUUAUCUUUUCUGUCUUUUGUAGGAAGUGUUAGUGUUUUUAUAUGGAUAGAUGACAUUUUACAUUUUAUUACUUCACAGCCAUGGCUUCUGUAAAGGCUAUAACGAAUGACGGUUAAUAAAACAAAUGUUCAUAUUUAUUCA